AUGGGCCAGCUGGUGUUCUUCGCUGCCACCUUCAGUGCUGGCUUUGCUUGUGGUUUGUCUGCCACCACCUUCAACGCGAGCUUUGUGCCUUCGCUGUCCACAAUCAAGCUGCCGGAUGUGUGCCCGCCUUGCGCGCUGGCAGGCGCGUGCCCGCCCUGCGUGCAGCAGGUGCCCGCGCCAUGCCCAGCUCCGCAAGCGCCCGCGAAGCCUGGCAAUCCUGGUGCGCAGUUGGAGAAGCCCAGCAACGGCCGGUUGGGAAACAACAUCGGCCAGCUUCUGCAUGGCUUGGCAUUUGCCCUGCGCAUGCAUGCGGACCGAGUCAACCUCGUGGCGACAGGCGGCCAGCUGCCUCAGAUCUUCGACCUGAAGAAUUUGACGAUGGCCCUGCCAGAUGCUGGUGAGGCACGUGGCCGCAUCCCGAAGGAAUGCCAAGAGGCUGCUCAGGGCUCCCGGAUGAAAAAGGAGCCGAACACUUAUGCUGGCGGCUUCUGGACUACCCGCUGCGCCAACGUUCCGGCCAAGGAGUAUCAUGAGCUGGCCCUGGAGUACAUCUGGCCGCUGUUGAAGCCUGAGGUGAAAGCUUGCCUCGAAAAUCCAGCGGAGGAGUCUGGCGCAGAGAAUAAACUGACUAUCCACCUGCGUGGAAAUGACUUGUGGAACAUGGGUGAGUUCGAGAUGAUGCCCAAGAAGCCUAUCAACAUGGAUGCAGGAGCUCACCAUUGGCUCUGGGCAAAUCCUCCCUGCACCAUGUAUGAGAAGAUCAUUCGCGAAGAAGGGUUCGCAGAAGUUCUGGUUGUAACUUCCCCUGACCGUCGGCACGCCUGCGUUUCUUGGUUCGAAGGCUUCCAACAAAGAACAGGCCUUAGCGUCAAGGUUACCCUGCAGACGAACUCUUUGGCGGACGACUUUUGUACGCUGACCCGGGCCAGGAAUCUAGUCCUUUCUUUCUCGACACUCUCGAACGCAGCUGCGAUCAUGAGCAAGCGGGUCAAGCGAGUAUACCUGAGGCAGUUUGCUCUGAACUCCAUGAUGAAUUGCAACAUUUGGCCGGGCGUUUCGCUGGUGCAGUACAGCAUGCCCAUCACCGAGCAGCAUCACGAGCCAUACAACAACACCUAUGCUGGAGUAACAGAGUGGUUCCAAACGUACAACAUGAGCCUCAUCACGCGGACGCCGUCAUGCAAGUGA